AAGCAAAAGGCCAAAGUUAAAGACGCGGGGAAAAAAGGAAAAGGAAGGGGGUGAAAAAGAGCUUUUUCUUGAAAACGAAAAGGGAGUGUGCAAAAAGGGACCAACUUUGUCUUUGUUCCCUCACGUUUUCUGCGCUCUUCUCUCUGGGAUUUUCCUCUUUUGCGGGAGAGGGGGAGAAAGGGUUUUUGUGGAGGGGUUUUUAAAGUUUCUGGGUCUCCUCAAAAGCGCAUCUUUACUUCCCUCUUUUAACAAAAAGGAAUUCGGAGAGGUUUCUUGACGGGCUAUGGUUUUGGCAUUGAGGGUGCGCGAGAGAGUUUCUGCGGAGAAGAUGAGCGGCGGAGGCUUCGGGUCUGCGAAUAGAGACCCGGGCAUCAAGCUCUUCGGGAGGAAUAUUCCGGCGCCGGAGUGUCGGGUUCCGGCGGGUUCUGCUGGCGGCUCUCGGGCUGUGUCGGCCUCUGGAGUGACGCAUGCCUGUAGUGAUAUUGCAAAACCAGAAACUGUCAAACAUGGACAUCCUCAUAAUUCAGCUGUUGGUGGAGAUAAUGCCACAGUAAUGCGGAAUCUUCAAAAUGGUCAUGCAGAGACUAAGUAUGCUGACCAAGAAAAGGUUUUCAAGAAGCCUGACAAGAUCCUUCCAUGUCCGAGAUGCAACAGUCUUGAGACAAAGUUCUGUUAUUUCAACAACUACAAUGUAAAUCAACCUCGACACUUCUGCAGGAACUGCCAGAGAUAUUGGACAGCUGGGGGAACGAUGCGAAAUGUGCCAAUCGGCGCUGGACGGCGGAAGAACAAGCACCUGGCCUCUCAAUAUUGUCAAGCAACUCAAUCUUCCAGUAGCACACUAAACACUAGAUUAGACAUUCCAGAGACAGCAGUGAAUCAUCAGUUUAUGGCACCGAAAGACAUUACUUCAAGAACCCUCGGGCCUUCAGUGGGAAACGGGAGAGUAUUGAAGUUUGGUCCUGAGGCAUCUUUAUCCGAAUCUGUGGAGACUGUUCUUAGUCUCAAAGACCCAAAAAUAUGCAUUGAGACAGGUUCUAUCAAUUGUGUCCAAACUAGAGAAGAAGCUUCCCCGUCUGCUUCUUCCAUGACAGGUUACAGUAUUUAUGAUUCGAGCAAAAGCACUGCUGAAAAUGAAGAAAUAGGGAUAUUGGGAUCUUGUCGCAAGCAGAAUUCCCUCGAUCCUAUGCACUUUUACCCUGUUCCUGCAUGUUUUAUCCCCUUGAACACAGGUUGGGAACAUCUAGCUUCUUUUAGGACAACUCACUACUCUCCAGAGCAAGUUGCAGGAGUUGCGACCCCUAAUUCCAUUCGUUUGAGCCCCACACCCAUGUUAGCGGUUCCUGGUAUUUGCCCUCCCAGCAUUCCCUUACAAAUUGUACCUAUGGCGUCGUAUUUUGGUUGCAUGCCUCUACACACCUCCGGUCUGAGCACCACACCAUCGAGUGGAAUGAACCAUGGCCCAUCAUCUUCAUCUCCAUCUUCCCCAAUGGUUAAUGCAUGUUGCUCUGCAAGUGUCUCGCCGGCCCUCGGCAAGCACUCAAGAGAUGCGAAUCUUGUAGAUUUUGAAAGGUCAGAUACGUGCGUCUUGGUUCCAAAGACACUGAGGAUCGAUAACCCAAGCGAAGCCUCGAAGAUUCCUAUAUGGACGACGCUGGGUAUCGGGCCAGGUAAGGCUAAAGCGGAAAAUGACCUCAAGGAUUCCGAUGCCGCACACAUAAUGGAGGUUAACCCGGCGGCAUUUUCUCGGUCUCAAACAUUUCAAGAGAGCACUUAAGAGAUUGUAAUGAAUUCAUUGGCUGUGACUUCGUGACACUGAUGUUGUGGUUCAGUCAGCUUGUCAUCGAAUAUUGACAACGGUUAAUUCUGUUCCAAAAGUUGCUGGGUAUGCUCACUGCUUCCCAUUUUGCGAACUUGAUCUGUAAAUAUUCAUGUGAGCCAGAUUGAAUGAAAGAUUUUUAUAACAUCCAAAGCUUCUGUAGUAAUUGUCAAUCAGGGAAAAAUGCACUUUGUGUACUUGUGUAGCA